CGCCUACACACCCGAACUACCGUUUCCGUCGAUGCCAGUUGCAUGGACUUCCGGAACUUCGCCAUCCGAAGCUGCUGAAGUGGUUGAUCCGACGGAGUACCUUCAUCUUGCCGGUAUGGCUGGGACGACCACCAGCAUGAUCGGAGCGAUCCAAUCGGGCAACGACGAUCUUGAAUGGGUAGAACGCGAAUCAAACCCAGGACCACAAUUUCGUACAGUGGAAAUUGAUGUGUUACGAAUGUUAAAGCAAUUGGAUAUCCGUGUUCCAGUGCCAGUAGGGCAUUUGCUCACCAUAUCCGAAGCGGCCAAUGAUAAGUUGUUGCAACAGUGUCAAAAGAACCAGAAGCGUUUCACCUAUCAGCGCAUUCAGCGGAUGCUGAAGAAAAACAAGGAGGAAGAAAUCGAGGGGAUUGCCCCUCCUGAACCCGGAACAAACAAGCCGGAAGCCGCACGAGUAGCCAAGAUCUCGCUAGCCGAGAAAGAUCACUUCGUACGAGCUCGUCCUGUGUUAUGGAAAAGUGCGGAAUGUGAUUGUGAAAUCUGGGGCAAGUCGUUUAAUGCCCUCAUCGAUACUGGGGAUUCAGUGGUCGCCAUAUCCUUAGACACGGUAAGAAGAACGGGCCGACUCAAUUCCAUCCUUCCUCAAUCUCACAAAGAUAAUUAUGUCUCUGCUGACGAGGAAGCGAUGAAUAUCGUUGGGGUCAUUGAAAACGUGGUGAUACAAGUCGGUCGAGUACAUGUCCUUGUAAACGCAUUAGUUAAAGACGUGCACUCGUAUUCUGUAUUGCUAGGUUUGCCGUGGGCAAUGGCGGUAGGUGCCCGCAUACAUUUCGAUUCUAAACAGCUGGUGCUCAGGCAAACAGGAGGGAAACCUCGAACUGUUCCGUUACGGAUUUCCACCCGGACAGUAACAAGAAACUCUGGUUUUGGUGGGAUUGGAAUGAUUCGGGGUCACGAUUGCGAAGCAAAUCCAUCUUCAUCGCCGGAUGACAGUAGCGGAUUCGAAGAGCUGGAGUAUAAAGAAGAAACGCCUAAUAAAGAAGAAUGGAAGCAUUUGGUCGAACUUUUCGAACACGAAACUCAGGAGAAAUUCCGCGUGGUUCCCGGAACCACACGAACAUUUCAUUUGAGUCUCGAAGAUAACACGACUGUCCCAACUGAAACCCAAGCUUUGUGGGGAAUCAGUCACUUUCGAGCCUACCUGUACGGACGGAAGUUCACAUUGUUGACCGAUCAUGAGCCCCUGCUGACCCUGAAGAAAUCUAAGGAUUACUCGGGCAUGAUUGGCCGAUGGGCAACAGUGUUGCAGAGCAUGGACUUUGACAUCCGUCAACGGAAGCAUGAGAGGCACGGGAACGCAGACGCACUGACGCGACUGCAUCGACCAGAUAGAGUUCCUAAGAGUGAGGAGGUGGUUCUGUGGAACGAGCCGAAGAGCGAAAUCGGACCCCGGUACGGACAAGUGGAAAUCUUACCGAAGGAGUGAGUGACACGGGGUUUUCCGUCUAUCUUCCCCCGAGCUCCCUCCCUCUCCAUCUCUUCUUCUUCUCCUCUCUGACUUUUCCUUUUAAACUAUGGCUACCCCACCUGUCUCCACGACUCCCGCUUCUCCAUCUGAACUCGCCUCUCUCACCGCCUCAGCCUUCUUCGCCACCCUCCCUGAUAAAUUCUGUUAUUUUUGUACGUGUAUUUCACGGGUCUACGGGGUGGAUUUUCACCCCUCUGAGACCGGAUUUGCUGAUUGGGUAGACUGUUCCACGUGCGUUAAUCGCGCACAUGGAGCAUGCAUCAGGUACCGGACCGACAACAAAGUGUGGAAAUGCCCUUUGUGUCGGACAGACAAGUUACCGCCAGAGGUUCGAUUCGAGGCCGCCCGUACGGACGGUCCCGGAUACGACGAGAAGUAUAGACGGGCAGAAGUCUGGACGGAUAAAAUUUUAUAAGCUAA